AUGAGCAACUUUCAACUCUUUCCACCUCCCUCUCCCAAGCCUAAGGUCUCCAAGAAUCCUUUCCGCAGAGAGCUCAAGAGACCGUCGGAUCCUCAACCCACUAGUCCAAUUCCUCUAGAGGAUCUGAAAAAUAAGGAUACCACAGAGGCUGUUCUCCUUCAAAUCAUCGAGGACACGAACAAUAUAAAAAUGCCCCCGAAGGCACGACGUCCCAAAACGUCGGUGUCUGCUCCGAAAUCAAACUGGGAGCCAAGGUCAACGGUGUCGUCUUCCAAAUCCGGUCCCCAGAACGACAAAUCAGGUCAACGGGAUCUGUCAAAGGGCGAUGAGUCUGCAUCAGGCAGUAAUGUAGCUCCUCAGCACUCUGCUUCUCCAGAAAUCCCAAUGCGAUCGAUCUGCCCCCGGUACAAUCCAAAUGUACCACUCGGCGAACAGGGAUACUAUCCGGAGACGGGGCAUGCUUCUCGACAUAAGCCCAGGGAUCUAAAGCUCUCACCUCCCCCGGAGAUUGACCGUGCUCUGGGGCCCAAGACAGUCCCAGCCAGCGUGGUAGAUUUUCCUCUAGAUAUCUCGGAUGCUACAGAGAUCCAUUAUGCCUCUGCUACCGAGCUUCAGGGGCUGUGGGAAGCCGCCAAUGGCCAAAAGACACAAGAUCUUUCCGGGAUGUUCAAUUUGCGUAUAGCACGUACCGAAUCCGCCACGUUCGUCUUUGGCGACCCGCGAGCUCCAUUCUACACUAUGCAGACAUAUUCCACAGACGAGAUGUCCAUCUCUAGGACCAAUCCGUCCAAUACGAAGAGCAAUGUUCCGAUCAUGAUGCUAAGGCUCGAGGAUCGCUGUCGUCGCGAGCCGCCUAAUGACGGCUUAGUUUCUCUUUUGUUUUCUCGACUUGCGGCGAUGCUCGCCAUUGAGCAGGCCGAAGAAUUAGCACGGCAACACCAACUCAGCCCUGGCGAGGCCGCCGAGGUAGAAGGGAAUGCUCUCAGACGAGCCGCAGCCCAAGAAUCUUGUCGACUAACAUGGAACCGCACGAAGAAGCUCUACGAGCUACACCAUCCAUGGUUGGAAAAGCAACAACCUCCGGCGCUGGUUGGCGCCAUGGGUAUUCCAUUGUCGCCAAUCCGGUCUAAAUACUCGGGGGGGCCCUUCACAUCAGCGUGUCAACUCCAUCCAAGGAUUCGAGGCAACGCCAACCGCCUACAAUCCUCGUAA